CGUUGCCAGCCAUUACUACAUGUUUCCAUUAGUGCUGGUCAUGCUCCACUAUUGGGAGAGCUGCUGCUGCGUAAUCACCAUAAUCACCAGCGUCUCGAAUCCUGAAGCGGUAGAUUGGAUUGAGCUCUGCUCGGUUGUCGUGUCGUCGCGUCGCUUCCUCUCUGAGUUUCUCGACGGUCUCGAAUUCGCUCGUUUCAUCAGAUUCUAAUCUUUCGCCUUGGUCAUCGAUUUUCGCGUACAUAUUUAUGCCAGUGCCUCUCGCGACGCCAGUUAAUCCGUGACGCUCUUCAGGCACACCAGCCGUUGACUCCACGCAAUCAUGGCGUCGCUGCGGCAAUGUCUAUCGCCAGCAGUCGCAUCCGUUCAGGAGCCAUCGCUCGCGUCGUUCCGUGAUCAUCGCGUCACGCAAUUUCAGACGCCUUUCCUCGGCCUCUCAUUGUGCAAUGUCAAUGUCUCAUCGUCCAAUGCCGCGCAAAUCCCGGCAGCGCUUCACACACCGAUCCCCACUUCCAUCGCCUCUCGCGUCCCCUGUCAGCGCCUCGCGAUCACCGCCAAGGCGCAUCAGCCGCAUCAGCAGCAUCAGCAGCCGUCGAAGAAGGCCGGAUCAGGAUCUAGAUCAGGAUCAGUAUCAACGGCUAAGAUCGCUUCUCGCCGCCAGACGAACACCCGGGUCGCGGUUCACGGAUUCCAGGGCGGGAAUCGUACGGACGGCGAGGCGUUAUCUGACGAGGACGCGAUGGGCGCGGGGCGCGCGGAGGAUGCGCGCGACGCGCUCAAGGAGGUGCAGUUCGUGCGGUGGUUUCGCGAGGCGUGGCCGUACAUCCAGGGCCACCGCGGCAGCACCUUCGUCAUCGUCGUCCCCGGGGACGUUGUCGCCAACCGCCCCACCUUCGACUCCAUCCUCCAGGACGUGGCAUUGCUGCACGGUUUAGGGGUGCGCAUCGUGCUCGUGCCCGGCAGCCACGUGCAGAUUAAGGAGCUUCUGGAGGAGCGCGGCGUGGCGUCCGUGUUUCACGGCGCGUACCGCGUGACGGACGCGGAGGCGCUGGCGGCCGCCAUGGAGGCGUCGGGGCGCACGCGCGUGGACAUCGAGGCGAAGCUGUCGCGCGGGCCGGUGAUUCCAGUACUGCGGCGGCACGGCGAGAGCGAGAAGUGGCACGAAGUGGGCAUCAGCGUCGCGAGCGGCAACUUCGUGCAUGCCAAGCGGCGGGGCGUGGUGGGCGGCGUGGACUACGGGGCGACGGGCGAGGUGAAGCGCGUGGACGUGCCGCGGAUCAGAAGCCGCCUGGACAGCAGCUGCGUCGUGCUGCUGAGCAACCUCGGGUUCACCCCGGCUGGCGAAGUGCUCAACUGCAACACGUACGAAGUAGCAACGGCGUGCGCCAUAGGGCUAGGGGCUGACAAGCUCAUCUGCCUGCUGGACGGCGCAGUGAUGGACGACAGGGGGCGCCUCAUCCGGUGGCUGACGCUGCAGCAGGCGGAUGUGAUUAUAAGGAACCGCGCCACGCAGAGCUACACCGCCGCCGACUAUGUCAAAGCCGUUGCCGGGGAGGAGUAUAUUAAGAGCCUAGGGCUGGCGAGGCGGAAGAAGGGGAAGCGGGGGAAGAAGAAGAGCGGGGGGGGAUGGGAGGAGGGAAGCCGAGGAGAGCAGCAGGAGGAAGAGGAGGAGGAUGAGGUCGCAGCGAGUGUGGAAAGGUGGAAGGCGCAGAGGGCACUCUACAGCAUGAGCUUCGAGAAGCCCGGGCCACCACUGCCGUCGCCGUCGUUCACUGGCGGGCGGGAAGGGGGGGCGUGGGGCGAGAGGGGCAAUGGGCGGGGCAGUGGAGCGGGCGUGGUGGACGUGAGGGAGAACUGGGGGAAUGCGCCCACGGAUUCGGGGUUUGGGGCGAGUGCGGGGCGGAAUGGGGGAUGGGGGCGGAAUGGGGGGAAUGGGCGGAAUGGGGGGAACGGAGGGGGGAACGGGAGGGCGGAGGAGCGGAAGGGGUUUGCGGUGGGCGGGGAGGAGCGGUCAGUGCAUCGAUAUGGGUUCCUGUCCGAGCUGACUGCCGCUGUUUAUGCGUGCCGGGGCGGUGUGCGCCGAGUGCAUCUGCUGGACAGUGUAGUGGAGGGCACUCUGCUACUGGAGCUGUACACGCGAGAUGGGGUCGGCACCAUGGUCUCAAGCGAUCUAUACGAGGGCACGCGGGCAGCGCAGGUGACGGACAUGCCGGGCAUCAAGGCGCUGCUGCAGCCGCUGGAGGCAGCUGGCGUGCUGGUGGCGCGCGGGGACGACCAGCUGCGCAAGGAGCUGCCCUACUUCACGGUGGUGGAGAGGGAUGGCCAAGCCAUAGCGUGUGCAGCGCUCUUCCCCUUCCCCUCGGCGCGCAUGGCGGAGGUCGCUGCCUUUGCCGUCUCGCCCGCCUCCAGAGGUCAUGGGCGGGGCGACAACCUGCUGGCGUACCUGGAGAGGCGCGCAGUGGACAUGGGCAUGGAGAAGCUCUUCCUCAUGACCACCCGCACUGCCGACUGGUUUGUGCACCGCGGCUUUGCCCCGUGCGAGCUGGAGAGGUUGCCGGAGGAGAAGCUGAGGAAGGUGGAUCGAAGUCGCGGGUCCAAGAGCUUUGUCAAGGACCUGGAGGUGAGCGAUGAGGAGGACACGGACAGCGAGGAGGAGUGGGACGAUGCCGGGCUGCCUACCGAUCUCCCCAAGUAUUCUUAGGCAUUUUUUGCUCGGCUGAUGUGGUGUAAGUUGAGGACGUCCAUAAAGGCUCCUACAUGAAUGCUGUACUGAAGGGCAAUAAGACGUUUUUUUUCAACGAAGCCA